UGUGAUUUCUGAGGGGAGGGCUGGAUUAGAAAAGCGGUGGUCCACAGAGAGACACGCGGAGUCGGAUUUCAGUUUUGCGAGGGCCCCUUGAGUCCGAAUCACUGAAGCUGCCUUUGUUUGACUGUGAACCAGAAAGAGAGAGAGAGAGGAGGAGGAGAGUGUGAGGCUUUUAGUUUGGAGUGAGUGAGCGGGGCAGGCAGAGUGAGCUCCAUCUCUCUCUCUUACCAGGGCUAUCACACAUGAACAGGACAACUUUAGUUUGGAUCUAAGCUUACCGUCACUGAAGAUGACUUCACGCAUUCCUCCCUGGUUCUUUGGAAUAUUUCUGCUAGUGCUCCGGUUCUGCAGCCAUCGCUCCUCCGCUCAGCUGUUGGAAGAUCGUGGUUCUCCGGGAGCGUUGGACCUGACAGAGUUGAUCGGCGUCCCCCUGCCUCCCUCUGUCUCCUUCGUCACAGGCUUUGAGGGUUACCCCGCCUACAGCUUCGGCCCCGACGCCAACGUGGGCCGCCUCACCAAGUCCUUCAUCCCCGACCCCUUCUACUACAACUUUGCCAUCACAGUCACCGCUAAACCCACCACACGCCAAGGGGGGAUGCUGUUCGCCAUCACAGACGCCUACCAAAAAAUUGUACACUUGGGUAUCGCGUUGUCGGAGGUGGAGGAUGGGUCCCAGAGAGUCGUACUGUACUACACGGACCCCGGAACAGGGAGGACGCAGGAAGCGGCUUCCUUCAAAAUGGGAGACAUGACGGGACGAUGGGCGAGGUUUUCCCUCACCGUACAGGGGGCAGAGGUGCGUCUCUACAUGGACUGUGAGGAGUAUCAUCGAGUGGCCUUCAGCAGGAGCCCCCAGCCUCUCACCUUUGAGCCCAGCUCGGGGAUGUUCAUCGGGAACGCUGGGGGGACGGGUCUGCAGAGGUUUGUGGGCUCCAUCCAGCAGCUGGUGCUGAAGUCAGAUCCCACGGCCCCAGAUGACCAGUGUGAGGAGGACGAUCCCUAUGCCUCUGGGUAUGGGAGCGGUGACGAUGCUUAUGACGACUUGGAGGGAAGAGACGAAGUGAAGAAGAUUGUGAACACCAUGCCCCUCCCAGAGCUGGACCCCUCCUACAGCGCCCCUGUCCGAGCCCCCCCCACAGAGAUGUCCCGGGCCUUCGUAGAUGAUGAUGAUGAAGACAUAGAGGAGACUUCUGGACAAGAAGUGGAGAAGACCACAGUAAUAGUGAAGUCAUCUCCAACAGUUACUCCAGCCUCCAUACGUGACACUUCCCUGCAGGUGUCUUCAGGGCAGAAAGGAGAGCAAGGUGAGCCAGGUCCAUCUGGGCCCCCCGGCCCUCCAGGAACAGCCUCAGGAGGGGGAGAGGGAGGGGAACCGGGACCCCGGGGGCCACAGGGACCAGCGGGGCCCUCAGGCAAACCAGGGGCUUCUGGGAAAGAUGGACAGGCUGGAAGCAAAGGUGAAACUGGUGCCCAAGGAGCCACUGGGGUUCCAGGAUUCCCAGGACUGGAGGGCGACUCUGGUCCUAUUGGAGAGAAGGGGGAUCCUGGUCUGGGACGUCCAGGUCCUCCGGGCCCACCUGGACCUCCAGGUCCAACCAGCAAGUCUUCCAUGUUCCUGGAGGGGUCAGGAGGGUUAGAAGACUUUGACAGUGAUGCAGAGAUUAUGAGGGGGCCUCCAGGGCCACCAGGCGUCCCGGGGCCUCCAGGAGCGCAGUCUGAGAACACGUUUCCUGGAUCACCUGGGGCCCCUGGGAAAGAUGGGAAGGAUGGACAGAGGGGGGAACCUGGAGUUCCUGGAGUUGAUGGAAAAGAUGGCGAUCCCGGAUCUGCUGGGGAGAAUGGAGACAAGGGAGAGCCUGGUGUAAACGGGCAACCAGGAACAAAGGGGGAUCAGGGUCCUGCAGGGUUUCCAGGUCAGCCAGGCUCAGAGGGUCCAGAGGGGCAUCCUGGACCCCCGGGGGCACCGGGCCCUCCUGGCCCCCCAGGGAGAGGCUAUUCUAUGGACUUUGAGGACUUGGAAGGCUCUGGGAUGCAAGGUGGAUUUGGAUCAGCACUUUCCAGAGGCCCAGAGGGCCCUGCAGGUGUUCCUGGAAUUCAAGGACCCAGGGGUAAAGAUGGUUUGGAUGGGGCCGCAGGAAAGCCAGGGGAAAGGGGGGAGAAAGGUGCCACAGGGUCCCCAGGGUUUCCAGGACUGGAUGGAUUCAAAGGGGAAGAGGGCCUGAAGGGGGACAAAGGACAGAAGGGUGAAGUGGGACGAGACGGGCUCAGUAUUCCAGGUCCUCCAGGACCACCUGGACCCUCAGGACCCCUCAUCAACCUGCAGGAUCUUCAAUUAAACGAUACGGAUGGCACCUUCAACUUCUCAGGGAUUUCUGGUCCUCAGGGUCCAAAGGGGGACGGAGGGUUGCCAGGAGUUCAGGGACCUCCAGGAAUGAAAGGUGAAAGAGGGGAGCCAGGGUUGGUCCUCGCAGACGACGGAUUGAUGUUGUCGGGCCUGGCUGCUGCACCAGGAGUCAAGGGUGAUCAUGGUUUACCUGGACCUGUUGGAAUUCAAGGCCCGACCGGACCUUCAGGACCAAAGGGAGAGUUUGGUUUUCCUGGAAGACCUGGUCGUCCAGGCAGGAUGGGGCUUAAAGGAGAGAGAGGGGACGCUGCAGGCCUGCCGGGACUUCCGGGCCCUGCAGGGCUGCCGGGCCGCCCAGGAAUAUUCAACUGCCCCAAAGGAACCGUGUUCCCCCUCCCCCCAAGACCCCACUGCAAACAGACUAGCGGUGCCAUGAUGGCUCUGAAUCUUUCCUGCAUGAUGCAUGUCCACUCUGGGAAAUUGAAGGCUCAUUGCAAAUACAUACAGAAGCGUAAUCCUGAUGGAACUGUUGCAGUAGGUAACUGUCAGACGGGAUAUAAAGGGGAAAGGGGAGAGAGAGGUCUUCCUGGGCUGCCGGCACCACAAAGCUCAUUUCUUUCAAGGGGAGGCUGGGGGUCAAGUGGUGACCAGGGCCUUCAGGGAGAGAAGGGAGACAGGGGCGAGGGAGGGUUCUCCGGAACACCAGGCACCCCCGGGAGAACCGGACCUGUGGGCCCCAAAGGAGAGUCUGUGAUCGGACCCCAGGGCCCUCCCGGGGUGCCGGGUUCACCGGGGUUCCCCGGCUAUGGCAGACCAGGACCGGUGGGCCCUGCUGGACCCCCAGGGCCCCCGGGACCCUCUGGGACCCCCUUAAGAUACGGCUCAGGUACAAUUCAUUCUUUGACCGUUGCCGGCCCCCCCGGACCUCCUGGACCUUCUGGACCUUCGGGUAGCUCUUCAUCUAUGAAGACAUUUACGUCCCGUGAGAGUAUGAUGCAGCACACGGUCAGAGACGCAGAGGGAACCAUGGCCUACGUCACGUCAACAGGAAGUCUCUUCAUCAAAGUCUCUCAGGGCUGGAAAGAGAUCCAGCUUGGAAGUCUGAUCUACCUCUCCAAUAACAUUAUCCCUCAAGAUGAGCCUCGCAUUGCAUAUCAGAUAAGAGGAGAGACGAUGGAAAGAAUACGUUCCGUUAAUGAAAGGCUGACCCUGGUGGCUCUGAACCAGCCUCACUCGGGUCACAUGACGGGGCUAGACACGGCCGACCGCCUGUGCUACGAGCAGGCCAAGGCCAUGGGUCUGGCUCCAAACUACCGCGCCUUCAUUUCUUCCAACAGGCAGGACCUGGUUCACGUGGUCUAUCCCGGGUUCAGGGAGAAUCUGCCAGUGACCAACCUCAGGGGAGAUGUGAUGUUUAGGAACUGGCGAGAAAUCUUCACAGGCGACGGGGGGCCGCUGGAUGCCAGAAUACCCCUCUACUCUUUCGACGGUCGGGACGUUAUAGCUGAUCCUUUCUGGCCUCAGAAGAGCAUGUGGCACGGCUCCAGCUCCAGGGGUCUCCGGGUGGUGGACAAACACUGCGAGACGUGGCGGGCAGACCACUUGUCCGUCAUGGGGCAGUCCUCCAGCCUGACCUCAGGUCUGCUCCUGGGCCAGCAGACCAGGAGCUGCUCCAACCAAUACAUCGUUCUGUGCAUCGAGACUCACAAAACCCUUUAAACAAACUCCUUUUGUGGAAAGAUCCAAAUUUGUGCCCGUUUAAAAAAACAUCCCCACAUGAUAUCUCCUUAUUUUCACCCCGGUGGCACAUAAUGUAAAACAGCAGCAGUACCUGUACUUAUUCAUGACGAAAAUGAAAAUUGCUAACAUCCCGAGAAGCACGGUAAAGCUUUAUUUAUGUUGAAAUGAUUCACACGGCACCUUUAACUUCAACGUCACUUUACGACUUGUGAAUAAAACAUAAAGUAACAUAAACAGAAUUCCCCCCCAUAGUCACUGAGGUGUGUCGAGGAGAAGAUCUCUCUCUAGUUCUUAGUCUCUUUGUUCAGCAAGAGACUGAAGACGUGCAGCGGCCGCAGGAUUCUGCACCGGUCCGGGGAAAAACAUUUGUACAAAUGAUCGAUUUCCAAAGACUUUUGUGAUGGAAGCAUAAAUGGCUUCUUUGACUGGUUCCAUUCUUAGAGCACACAGCAGUGUUGCCACCAAAGUCCUGUUUUGAUGCACUGUACUUUAUUUUAUCUAGUUUAACAUUUUCAUAUUUUGUUUGUGUAGCUUUUCAUACAUCUCACACCUUAGCAGCUUUUCCUCUCAAUAGGCUAUUUAAUUUAAAAUCAAUGAUUUAUUUAUGCUGUCACAUAACAUGAAAUCAGAUGAGUCAAUUUAAGAAUGUAAUUUAUCGUUUGUUGUUUGUCAAAUGACUGUAUCUUCUAACUCUUUGCCUUUUUUUCAAUUUUUUGUACAUUUUUUGAUGUUUUUAGUUUUCUGCACAAUGUCAAACAAAUUCCAUCUAGUGUAGGGAUACAAUUGAAACGAGUUUAAUAAUUUCAUACUAAAAAAAAAGAAGACUAACAAAAUAUUUUUUAAGGGAGAAAAUCACAUGUGUUUGUAUAAAUAUUGGUUCUUUGUUAAAUAAAGUUUUCUUUUCAUAA